CCCCCUUCACACACCACCAGAGGAUCCUCUUGACCUGGGCAGUAGCCGCCAACCGACCGCUAAGCCACGCAAAGGUGUGAAGCCCUGACACUCGCUGCCACGUGGAUGCACCCUGAGAACACGAUGCUCAGCGAGAGAAGUCAGGCACAGAAGGGCACACAGGGUGUGACCCCUGUGAGGAAACGUCCAGAAUAGGGAACCAGUCCUGACUCCUUGAUCUGCGGCUUCCAGCUUCCAGAGUCUUGAGGACAUCCACUUCCGUUGUUUACGCGCCCAGUGCGUGGGGUUUGAUGCUGGAAACUGACACCGAGGGCGUCACCACGUGCGGGGUGACAUCAGCGGAAGAAUCCCGUGGCGAGGGCCUGCCUGAGGACCACGGGAGAGCCCGGGCCCUCCCCGCCCCCUGCCUGCAGCCCUGUGCCCGCACCCACCUGGGAGCGGAGCUGGUGCAUCGCUUGCCAGAACUCAUGGAAGUCGAAGGUCAGCCCCAGCAGCUCCUGGGAGAUGCCCAGCCGCCCGCGCAUGACCACCUGCAUGGGGAAGGACUCAUUGAGCAGCACGGAGUCGGCACGCGUGCUGAACCCCAGCAGGCGGGACUUCUGAGCCUGCAGCCUCACCAGCUCCCCGAGGAUCGCGCAGUUCUCCUGGAACCCAGAGACGGCCAGCGCUGGGGACCGUGGGCCACGCCCUCGCCACGGGCCCCGGACCAGGUCCUUUUGGAACCAGAAAGGGCGUGAACCGUGAUGAGCUCUAAGGCCAAGGGCAGGAAGAAAUGUGACCAGGCUCUCCAGGAGCCACCCAGGGGCCUCCCCGGGCUCAACAAUACAAACUCGGCUGCCGUGCAGACAGCAGCUCAUCCCCACGGCGCCCGAACACCCAGCCCCUGGACGGCGAGACGCCUGUUGCUGCAGGUGGCCCGGGGCUGGCUGGUGAGGCCCGGCCCCAGGCGUACGCCACCUUCUCUGGGGCCACCUCUCCCGCUCUGCGGUGGGGUUCUCCUGGGAGCCCCCAGUCACCACAGGACCAACGUGGCCUGUCUGCAGCCCAAGAUGGUGGGGACACAGGACUGUCCCCCGUGCCCCCCACAUCACCCGCGAGGCCGAGCAAGCAGCAGUGGUGUCUGCGGGGAAGAUGAAGGGCUCAUGCACAGCCCCCAUCUACUGAAGAUGCUGAACGGGAGAAGCACAGACUGCAGCCACACGCGGUAUGGACCAAACGCAAGUGUCCUUGCAGGAACCGAUGUCUGAAUGUCAAGGCCGUACCCGGGCCACACUGAGAAGGCCCAGACCCCACGCAAGGCACAGAGAGGGGAUGGGGGGAACAUGUGCGAAUCUGAGCUCAUCGGGCAUCACCCCAGAAGGAGAGGGAGAAGGAGAGGGAGAGGGAGAGAGAGGGAGGUACAGACGUCUCUCCCUUCCCUGGGGGUUCUCUAGUGCAGCCAAGGCUGAAAACCACUGCAUUUUGGGAGAUGGGUCCUCGUGGAAAAGUUAAAUAGUAGCUCAUGGCAUUAUCGACACAUAUUAAAAAGGCCCCAAAUCUUGGGGAGUCAGGGAGGGGAGCUGGCGGCUGCCUCGUAAACGAGGAGUGAUUGGGCGUCAGAGCAGGUGCCUGUGCAGCCCGCCGCCGCCGCCGCCCAGGGCCCCGCAGACUUCAUCUCCCAGCUGUGGUCCGGGCUGGAAGGCAGCGGGGAGGUCAAGCUGUCCAAGCAUCAACGUUGACUUCAGGGCUGAUCUAAAAGGCGCCUGGUGUUUGUUGAAGCAGAAAAAAGAGAAAGCAGUGGGGAGAGGAUGGGAGGGGGAGGGAGCCCCCAUCAGCCCUUCUCCCUCUCUCCCUCUCUGUCUCCCUCUCUCCCUCCUUCCCUCCCUCCCUCUACCUCCCUGCUUCUCACUCUCACUCUCCCUCUGCCUCUCUCCCUCCCUCUCUCCCUCUUCCUCUUUCCCUCCCUCUCUCCCUCUCCCG